AUGCCCUCUAGCCAGCUACUGGAGAAAGUACUUGGAAAAAACCCAUACGCAGACUCCUGGAGGAAAAGAAUCGCCAGGUUUCGAACGAUAAGACUGCCUAUUCUCCUCCUGCAAGAGAUUCUGCGACAGGAAGAGCUUCAGUCGGCCGGCGAAAGCGGAUUGUUGGAGCUUCUUCCGACGCUACAAGAGAACAAAACCAUACUAAAACACCCGUCUCUUGCAGGCCAUACCCAAAAGGCUAUCGGGCGAUAUGUGUAUAUUUUACGAGGGCAAAACGAUGAAGAAAGGUGCAAGAGAUAUCUGGAGGAACCUACGUCAGUCCCCUUAUUCAUAUUCCACUUCCUGCUCCGCCAGUCGUCCGGUAUUAGCGAUCCAGUCACGUUGCAGAGAAUGAUUGAGUCCUCACACGCCUAUUACAACAACCGAAGAGCGGAUAACACCAUAUCGGAGGGCAACCGUCAAAGUAGUAGAGACGGGUCAGAAAAGAUGCUGGAUAUUGACCGAGCAAACUUCAACUUAAUUAUGCGACUACUAGUCCACCACUGCCGCCGGCUAGAGCCCAGAUUUGUGGUGAAGCUGGCUGAUUCGGCUGCACAAUAUAUUCAGAACAUGCCGAUUUCUGCUCAAGGCGAAAGGAAAGUAUUUACAACACAAUGUGAUAUUUUCAAUGGAUGCUUGCAAAUAUUACGACCUCUGCCACAUGUCCACGUGGCCCAAAGAUCCACACCCAACGCUUAUUUCUGGGAGGCGCAGAGAAUUCUCUUGUCGAUGUCGGCAGGCCUGUCAAAACCAUUGCUUGUGGAUAGAGGUGGAUUCCGGGCGAUUCGAGAAGUGUUAUCAGGCCAGGCCAAGAAUCAUGCAGAAGUAUACAGCGCAGCCAGACACGCAUCGAGCUGGCCUCCCUAUUUGCAGCCAGGCCACGGAAUGGAUGAACGUACCGAUCCAGAAGACAACUGGAGCCGCGCUGUAAGUGCAGGCAUGCUCAUGCAAGAGGCUGGAUUUGCCAAAGACGAAGUCGACGAUGCGGUGGACAUAUUGCAAGGCAUGACACAAGAUGGAACGCCAACUAUUCAACAGAGAGCAAUGAUUUCGAAACGCCGAAGAAUUGGAGUGUGGGAGGCAUCUAUCCGCGCCACGCGGAAUGCACAAGAAGCUUGGGAUCGGUUCCGCAACCCACCAAAAGAAGGGAUGAAGCCAGGUCUGCAUCAGUAUUCGGCCAUGUUUGAGAAGCUAGUGCUGCGAGAAGUUGAGCCAGACGGCAGCAUAUCGCCCGGUGACAAAGCCUUGAACUUUCCUACCCAACAUGAGGCUAAUCUGGCCGAGUUUGAAAGAGCACGCUUGCGGCCUCCGAGUAUAUCUGAGCUCUACCAACAUAUGAGACUCAAUGGAGUUGAGCCUGAUGGCUCCUGUCUUUGUAUUCUUGUCGCCAAUGCUGCUUCUUUGGAGAUAGCUCAUCAGUAUUUACGUGACAGCCCCGAGAAGAGUCGAAUCAUUCGAAAUCUUAUUGCCGAAGAGCCCGAUGCCGGGCUUCUGAGGCUAGUUGGGAUGGGGUUAUUCGCAGCGUAUCUCCAAGUAUGCCUGCGAGUGGAAGGGCGACGCGCAGGCAAUCAACUUCAACAUGUUAUACGCCUCGCGGAAUCAAGGUUGAGCCAUGAACAGUCUCGAUGGGCUCCCUUCAUGUGGGGCACUAUUUUAAAGGAAUUAUCGCGACACCACCAUGCUCUGAGGAUCUCGCUGCAUCAACAACUUGAUUUGAUGUUGAGAGUGAUGGAUGCAAUCGAGAAGGUGGACGGAGUCCAGUUGUCAACAUUUACUCAGUUCCACAAAGGUGUUCGAAAGGCCGUGCGACAACAGCUGAAUAGUGUAUUCACAAAGGAUGCUGAGAAAGAAGCACUUGCAAAGAGCCCACUGACGCAAGCGCUUUUCUACCAGAUGUGCAUGGCAAGUGUGGAUAAUGCGCACCCUCGUCGGAGUCUACUGCAUCAGGGACUAGGACAGGAAGAUUCUUUCCCGAUGGCGGGGGCCGAAGUGCUACUCCUGAAAGAAGCCAAGGCGCGAAUAAAGUACAUGUUCUGGACGCUCGAGCAGAGGGAGCGCCACGCCCAAGCAUAUCUUGAUGGGUACCAGAUAGCACCGCUAGAAGCCAUGAAUUCUCGCAGGGAUGCGGCCCGAAGUGACCAUGCUCACGACUACAUGCUGACGCUGGGAUAUCUGGGCGAGUUUGAAGAAAUGGGGCGGCUGCUGGAGUGGCUGAUACAACAAUGGGGCCAAUUCAACGUGGCAUCGGCCGUGAAUGAGAUGGAUGAGGCUCCGCCACAGGCAGACUUUUUCGAGACGCUGUGCGUUUUUCGAUUGGUGGCAGAGCCGAUGCUGGGAAACGGCAGGGUGUCAACGCUCCUACAAACGCUGGCGGAUUCCGGGUUGAACUGGACCUGGCCAGACGACGAGGCUGUGAAGACAUACGCCGAAGUACACCAUGAUGAAUCCAUCAGCACCUUGAGACGGGUAAUAGAAUUGGCUCGAGAUGGGAACAAAGAGUCUCGGCAAACGAGAAACUAG